UCCUUUAAAUAUGGUUUCUCGUUGUAAUUUAUGAAUGUAUACAUUAAAUAUUUACAUGGACAUUGAUAUAACCAAUAAACCAGAUCUGGAGACACUUCUGUUUUGCACCUUUUGCCUCGCGCACUGCACCCAUCUGCAACAACAGGUGCAUUGUUUUUUGUGACGCUAUACGUCCCUUAUGAUAUCAUCAAAUGUUAGAACUCCAUGGCUGUCACAUUUCGGAACCAUAUUGGUCUACCAGUCAAUACCUACACCUUCCACAAAAUCUUCAACUCUUGGGAUAUUCCUCAGCCCCAAAGCCCCAAAUCCGACGGAAUCCACCACGUAGAGCCAGUUUCACAUCUCUCUACACCGUGGGGGACUUGCUGGGAGAGGGAGGGUAUGGAGCUGUCUAUGAGGGAAAACGUAAAGAAGACAACCAAAAGGUGGCCAUUAAGUUUGUCCCGAAGCACACAAUGGACUGCUAUCUAAAACUUCCUGGAACAUCUAGCAGCCUGCCUGUGGAGGUGGCCCUCAUGCAGAUGGUGAGUGAGCCUCCUACCUGUGAGUAUGUGCUGGAGCUGAUUGAGUGGUUCGAGCAGCCCAAUAAGUUCAUCCUGAUCCUGGAGAGGCCCGAUCCGUGCAUGGACCUUUUCGACUACACAGAGCAGCUGGGGGGCAGGAUGGACGAGGGCCUGGCAAGGGAGAUCAUGCAGCAGGUGGUUCUGGCCGUGCUGCACUGCCGUGACCGAGGCGUCCUGCACAGGGACAUCAAGGUUGAGAAUCUAUUGUUGAAGACUGACACCCUGAAGGUGAAGCUCAUUGACUUUGGCUGUGGAGAUCUGCUGAAGGACAAAGUCUACAAGGAAUUUGCUGGCACUGCAGAGUUCUACCCACCAGAGUGGGUGCUGGAUGGGAGCUACCAGGGUCGCAAGGCCACCAUCUGGUCCCUGGGAGUACUGCUGUUUAACCUGGUCUGUGGAAAGCUGCCCUUUAAGAGGGAGGAUGAUAUCGUGGCUGGGCGCCUGUAUUUCAGACAAGGGCUUUCUAAAUCAAGCAGGGAUCUGAUUCGCUGGUGCUUGACACCAAACCCAACUGACAGACCUGACCUGGAGCAAAUACUUCAACAUGACUGGUUUUCAGAAGUUUAGGUCCCUAAGCAACAUGAAAAGGGUGGUGAAGGUUGGUAGGGGGUUUAGGGGUAGUUGGGGUGCCUGGAAAGAAGAAGGAUUU